AGCAACCGCAGCAGCAGGCACUCACGUGGCCUACUGAAAGCACGACGACUGUUCUCCUCGUAGUCGCUCCCACUGGUCUUGAGGAAAAUGGGAACUGGCAGGUUCCUGGCUGCGGUGGUUGCGGGCCUGGCGCUGGCGUCAUGGACUGAGGGUCUCAGCAUCUGCUCCACGCUGACCUGUCCGGAACCGAACGGCUUCUUCGCGCACCCGACCGACUGCCACCGCUAUGUCAAGUGCGCCCACGGCCACGCCUACGUCGAGACCUGCCCCGCCAACCUGCACUUCAACGAGGCCUCUGGGAGCUGUGACCACGCGGAGAACGCCAAGUGCGACAUAACCGAGCGGCUGGAGACCGACGGAUGUUCCCUUCGGUCCGCUAAGGCCAGUCGAUCCUUGCCCGCAGAGUCGGACCUUUCAGUCCAGUGCGACUGUGACUGCUGCCUCAAGCCACACAAGGACUGCAACAAGUACUACGAGUGCAAGGAUAACGUUGCCUACGUUAAGGAGUGCGGAGGUGAUCUGGUGUUCAAUCCUGCAAAGGAACAGUGCGAUCUUCCAACCAAUUAUGAAUGCCCUAAACCAAAUCCUUGUGGCUGCCACUGCCGGUACCCAGUCGACGGGGAGUGCAAUGCUUACUAUGACUGCAAGAACAACGAGGCGGAGAAGAAGUACUGCUCAGAAGGUCUGCUGUUCAAUCCCGAUACCCGCAUGUGCGACAUCGCUUCAAAUGUCCACUGUCCGGGUGUCCCUCCUACACCUGGAACUUGCGAUACAAACGUUUUUGAUUCCGAUCCUGACUGCAAGUUUUGGGCCGCCAACAACGACUGUCACUGCAAGUGGACGGAUGGUGACUGCUCUUGGCAGCACUUCGUCGCCCGUGCCUGUCCCCGCAGCUGUGGAUGCCAAGGCAAUGUGGACGUCACGAAGCCUCCUGUAAUUGACUACCCUUGCGUGGACUGCUCUACCGGCCAACAGUACUGGCAGCAUCCCAGCGACUGCCGCAAGUUCAUCCAGUGCACAUCGUACGGUCCUCAGGAGAUGCCAUGUGGAGAAGGAACAGUGUGGGACCAAAACCUGCUCACCUGCAACCAUGUAUGGGCCACUGAGUGCUUGACAGGCAACUUCCUUCUCACUAACGGAAGCUGUUCAGGAUGCUCAGGAUGCACUCCUCCAGCAAAGCCCCCAACCAACCCUCCAACACACAAACCUGUCACACCAGGCAACUUCCCCUGUGUAGAUUGCUCCACUGGCCAGCAAUACUGGCAGCAUCCUACCGACUGUCACAAGUUCAUUCAGUGUGCCCCUUAUGGUCCCCAGGAAAUGCCAUGCCCUGCAGGAACCAGGUGGGACCAGAAGAUCCUUACUUGCAACCAUGAAUGGAACACCCCAUGUGUGACAGGGAACUACCUUCUACCCAAUGGAAGCUGUUCGGGUUGCACUGGAUGCCCAACUGUGACUGUCAGACCGCCAAUUGGAUGCGGUGGCGAGAAUCCAGACUGCAAGCAUUGGGCUGCCAGCGGAGCCUGCACCUGCAAGGCAGGUAGUGACUGUACUUGGGCAAACCAAGUGGCUUCAAUGUGCCCCAAGACCUGCCGAGGGGAAUGCGGCCCAAUUACUUCACGACCAGACGACUGCAACCCCUCGUGUCCUUCUUACAGUGGUCUUUUCCCACACCCAAAGGCCUGCACCAAGUGGGUUCACUGCGAUCACUUCAUCCCCUACGUGAAGGACUGCCCUGCCGGAUUGCACUUUAACCCAACACUCAAGGUAUGCGACUGGCCAGAUAGGGCAGGCUGCACCUCAGGGGACCACCAGAGUUGCGAAAUUAAACCUGACCCAAUUCCCACUGGCCCACCUCCCACAGUCGACCCCAGAUGCACAUGCGAAUGUUGCCAUAUCCCUCACCCGACUGACUGCACAUCCUAUUACUACUGUGAUGUGAACAAGAACAUUACCUACUUCACGUGCUCGUCUGGGCUAGUAUUCCACCCGGAAUUGGAUACGUGUGUGCCCGCUCAAGAGUACCCAGAAUGUGACAUUGAACAGCCUCCAACUUGCGAGUGUGACUGUCACUAUCCCUCACGGGUUUGCAGCGAAUAUUUUGUCUGCAACGACGGUACGCCCGAAAAGAGGGAAUGCCCCUCCGGUCUCCUCUGGAACCAAGAAACGAAGUCCUGUGAUCAUGCCGGCAACGUCGAUUGCAGCAAUCGGCGAACAUUCCUUAUCUACAUUACGUCGAUAUCUGGUGAUGUUUUUUCACGCUGGUUUGCAUAUAAGAAGUGCGGGACAAGCAACCGCAGCAGCAGGCACUCACGUGGCCUACUGAAAGCACGACGACUGUUCUCCUCGUCUCAGCAUCUGCUCCACGCUGACCUGUCCGGAACCAAACGGCUUCUUCGCGCACGCGACAUAACCGAGCGGCUGGAGACCGACGGAUGUUCCCUUCGGUCCGCUAAGGCCAGUCGAUCCUUGCCCGCAGAGUCGGACCUUUCAGUCCAGUGCGACUGUGACUGCUGCCUCAAGCCACACAAGGACUGUAACAAGUACUACGAGUGCAAGGAUAACGUUGCCUACGUCAAGGAGUGCGGAGGUGAUCUGGUGUUCAAUCCUGCAAAGGAACAGUGCGAUCUUCCAACCAAUUAUGAAUGCCCUAAACCAAUCAUUUGUGGCUGCCAUUGCCGAUACCCAGUCGACGGGGAGUGCAAUGCAUACUAUGACUGCAAGGACAACGAGGCGGAGAAGAAGUACUGCUCGGAAGGCCUGCUGUUCAACCCCGAUACCCGCAUGUGCGACAUCGCUUCAAAUGUCCACUGCCCGACUAUCGAUCCAACAGUUGGCCCUUGCAAUGAAAACGUCUUCGAUUCCGAUCCUGACUGCAAGUUCUGGGCCGCCAACAACGACUGUCACUGCAAGUGGACGGAUGGUGACUGCUCUUGGCAGCACUUCGUCGCCCGUGCCUGUCCCCGCAGCUGUGGAUGCCAAGGCAAUGUGGACGUCACGAAGCCUCCUGUAAUUGACUACCCUUGCGUGGACUGCUCUACCGGCCAACAGUACUGGCAGCAUCCCAGCGACUGUCACAAGUUCAUUCAGUGUGCCCCUUAUGGUCCCCAGGAAAUGCCAUGCCCUGCAGAAACCAGGUGGGACCAGAAGAUUCUCACCUGCAACCAUGAAUGGAAAACCCCAUGUGUGACAGGGAACUACCUUCUACCCAAUGGAAGCUGUUCGGGUUGCACUGGAUGCCCAACUGUGACUGUCCAACCGCCAGGUGAUUGCGGUGGCGAGAAUCCAGACUGCAAGCAUUGGGCUGCCAGCGGAGCCUGCACCUGCAAGGCAGGUAGUGACUGUACUUGGGCAAACCAAGUGGCUUCAAUGUGCCCCAAGACCUGCCGAGGGGAAUGCGGCCCAACUACUUCACGACCAGACGACUGCAACCCCACGUGUCCUUACAGUGGUCUAUUCCCACACCCAAAGGCCUGUACCAAGUGGGUUCACUGCGAUCACUUCAUCCCCUACGUGAAGGACUGCCCUGCCGGUUUGCACUUUAACCCAACACUCAAGGGAUGCGACUGGCCAGAUAGGGCAGGCUGUACCUCAGGGGAGCACCAGACUUGCGUAAUUCCCCCUCCCCUAAUCCCUACUGGCCCCCCUCCUACGCCAAGCCCCGAAUGCACAUGCGAAUGUUGCCAUCUCCCUCACCCGAAUGACUGCGCAGCGUAUUACUACUGUGAUGUGAACAAGAACAGUACCUUCUUCACGUGCCCAUCUGGGCUAGUAUUUAACCCGGAGAAGGAUACAUGUGACUACCCUGAAAAUUACCCAGAAUGUGUCAUUGAACAGCCUCCAACUUGCGAGUGUGACUAUCACUAUCCCUCAGGGGUUUGCAGCGAAUAUUAUGUCUGCAACGACGGUACGCCCGAAAAGAGGGAAUGCCCCUCCGGUCUCCUCUGGAACCAAGAAACGAAGUCCUGUGAUCAUGCCGGCAACGUCGAUUGCAGCAAUCGGCGAACGUAAGGCUUCGAUCGUGCAACUAGGCCAGGAUUUUCGAU